UCAUACUCCCCCUCUUAGCCUGGCCUUUCUUGAACGGCAAAAGGCGCCUCCAAUGCCAGUUCUCUUGGAAUCACUCGCACCAAGGGAAGCGAAUUCCUAUAAGAUGAUUAGGUUCACUUCCGACAGAUGCCAGUUGUUAUCCUCCUGUUCUUUACUCGAGUUCCACAUUGGUCCACGCUUCAAUUACGCUCGGUCCUCAUUCGAUUGGAUAUGGCCAAAAUCUUUUUCAAUAUUGCUACGACAGCAAUUACUUUGCUUCUCAUGUAUUCAGGACAUGUGUACGGAAGCACUGGACAAGAACAUUUCCUGCGCCCUCUGCGGUCUGAAAUUGACAACAGUGGAGAGGACGCCUUCAAUGACGAGUACGGCCGCGAUGCUCGCUCGUCGGGCUCACACUUUCUUCGCCCUUUAAGGUCCCCUUUAGAAAUGGGAUUAACCGAUGAUGACUUGGCUUUUCUCAGCUCCAUGGUUCAAGACCAGGACUGGGCUAAACGAGGACAAUCCCAUUUUCUUCGAAGCCUCCGGAGUCCCUCGGACACCUCCCAUUUCCUCCGAAGUCUUCGGGGUCCCUCGGAUAACGCUCACUUCUUGAGAUCGUUGAAGAGCAGCGAAGGCAACCACUUUCUCCGAUCCCUCCGUGGGGGUGAGAACCACUUUCUACGGGCAUUGAAAUCCGGCAACUCUCAUUUCCUCCGUAGCCUCCGCAGUCCGGACAGUGACAAAAGAUCCACCACUCAUUUCCUCCGCACUCUUUAAGAACAAAGCUUGGCCGAGGUUCUUUCUUUCUUUGAUAUGUUUUUCACAGUUCUCAGAGUUAACACUGCUUAUGAUGACUUGCUUUGAAAGGAUGUAGCCCUGUUGGCGCUGAUCAUGCAGAUAAAUAAAAACACAAAGUACGCCCUUCAUGUGAGCCAAAGAUAUAUUAUGCUCGGUGCACGUUUUAAUCUUGCAAUCUUUGCUCUUCAAAUACGUACGCAAAAGUAAAUCCCAAAGCCCCCCCCUCAUAGCCUAAAUCGGUAAUUAAGUUGGUAUUGAAGAUGAAACACUAAUGAUUGCGAUCUGUUUCGACCUAUUGUACCUUUAGAAUUGAAUUGCGUCUGUGGAUGUCUUGAAAUAUAUUCAUAGUUCAGUUUCGGACCA